AUGUCAUGGCUCCGUCGAGGCAUACAAACCCUCCGUGAACGGGGCAAGCAAUCGCGUGCUGUUGUACUUGAGAAGAAAGCGCCGAAGGUCGUCGAGAUGAGCCUUGCGCUGAGACGAUAUCACCUGGGCAUGCGCCAGUCCGAAUAUGGCUUAUGCGCAUGGGUGGUCUCGAUCAUCAAGGAAAAAGGUGGGCUUACUGAUCGCGAUGAUGCCGCUCAUCCUGUUUACCUGCACCUUGGCUUUCGUUGCGAGUACGAUAGUAAGAACCCGAUGAGACAGGAUGGCGGAGAGAAAGAGGGCCGAAGUCGAUGGCUUCAUCGUCGGGAGAUAUCCAGAUCGCGAGGAAGCUCGCAAGCCCGCGAGCUUCCCAAGGCGAAGGGGCCUAAAACGGCCUCGCAGGACGAUCGAUCUGCUCCUUCGCACGCAACGAGCGCCGCCCUCCCGCGUCUGUCCAGUGUCCCGAUGCGUGUAAGGAACGAGCCUAGGCAACGUACCGAUGAUGAGACGGAGCGACUUGGCCUUCGACAGACCCUCACUCAUCUCACCCUACCGGUCCACAAGCGAGUGAUGAUUGGCGGGAAGAUAGCUCUUGGCGAAGAUGUGAUUCGUGAUGUUCGGCACAUCGAGCUUGACGUGUUGCUUGGCCGCCUGUGCGCGAAGCGUGUACAGUAUCCCCGUAUAUCAGGCAAGCGGACAUGGAGUACUGGUGAAUCACUCACCAUUAUCGAGACGCAACGCGGUCUCAAUGCUACGCUCGACGUCGAUUUUCAACAGCUCCUACACACCAUGAGUCGCCUUGACGCUCCUACCGUUGUGUUGAUCCCACCAGGUCGUAGACCAAUAUUUCGCGACGACGAAGCCCUGCUGGAAGAUGAUCAGGAUUCGAAGCAGCCGAGACCUGCCGCUUCUCUGAGCUCUGCGAAAGAAAUCCGAUUUCGAGAAGGGCAGCUGGGGAAAUAUUUCGAAAGUGGGUUUGCGUACUCAAGAAAACUAACGGAGCAUACCUCCUGCGUGAAUUCAUUGGCAUUUUCCUCGAGGGAAGGAAGAUGGCUCGCGAGUGCUGGCGAUGAUCGUCGUAUUCUCCUCUGGGAUAUGCACCAGGAGAACAUUAAAAACCCUUCCUGCACCCUUCACGGGCAUCGGGCCAAUAUAUUCACUCUUGACUUCUCUGCAUCAAAUCAAUAUGUCUAUUCUGGCGGGACCGACGACCUUAUCAUGAAAUAUGACUUAACACGAUGGUCGCCCCAAAAUCCAGGAAUUGCAGAUUCGCAGGUAGAGACCUUCCAUCAACAUAGGGCGGAAAAUGGCAGGACAGCAUACGAGCCGUUUCAUGUCACCCGUAUCAAGAUGCGUGAAGAUGGAAGCAUCAUGUUGCACGACGGCAGAGCGGGGUCCGGUUUAUCGCAAGCGCAGGCGACCCUGCAGCAAACUACCGAAUUUACAGGAGUGCAAUACCAUCCAAGGAUGGAACAUAUAUUUGCCACAAGCGAUAACCGGGGAAAUGUCUACCUGCGUGACGUCCGUAUGGCAUUCGGUCCCCUGCGAGCACGAACGAAGCAGGGCAUCGUGCAGACGGAAAACCCAGCGGUACAAGCCGAGGUGUCAUCCGGAGGCGAGCAGCAUGACGUUCGAUUCGGAGGCGGCCGCAACACGCCAGACGGGCGCCCCGUACCUCCAGGCACUAGAACGCUGUCGAACUCGUGUACAAUAAAGUAUACGGCGCUCAACCUUGAUCAGCACGGCUCGUUCGGCGGCCCUGGAAAAGAUGGAGACGGAUACUUUGCUUUCGGCUCUGAUGAUUUCCGGGGCUAUUUAUGGAAGCUACCAUCUUCCUCGGCUCUGGAAGAACAAAGACAGUUCGUCGACAAAGACGAUUGGGCGACCAACGACUGGCCAGAUAUUAUCGGUGAAUACACCCGUACGCGGUUUUUGAUUCAUCCUGUCCCUUACUUUCAAGGGUUGGAAGCUUUCACAGGCGCAAACUCGGAGGUCAAAUACAUUCCAGUAGAAUUGUCCACUCCACUCUGUCACUUGAAUGGACACAAAUCUAUUGCCAACACAAUCGUCAUACAUCCCGUGUUUCCCAUCAUCAUGUCCGCAGGGAUUGAGCGAGACAUCCUCAUGCACAGCCCGAUCCCAUCCUCUCCAUUUGGACACGAUUUCGCAUUGACUCCAACCGACGCCCGCGAGAUUCCGGAAGCGUCUAUCUACACGAAUCGCCGCCUGAUGGCCACUCUCAUGGACAUCGACACACCUUUGCAACCUGGAGAAGAUCACGGGGUCGAUGAGAAUGGUCGUGUCAUCGCUUUGUUUGAUGAGAUCAUUCGGCAAGAAGGAGAGACGGAUGUCUUCAGAGGCUCCGCGUUGUCCGGUUCAGAUUCUUCAGAUUCAGAUCUAGAUUCAGGCGGGCAGUCUGAUAGUUCUAUCGAGCCUUGA